CAGCUAGUGGCACUGGAUACUUCGCAAGUCACAAGUGAAAACUAAGUAAAAUACAACCAAUUAUCCAUUAUGAACGGCGUCAAAACUCUUGUUCUCCUAAUGGCCUUGGUUCUAGAUGCAAUGCUUGGAGUGCAUGCCGGGAACACCGCUUAUUCCAAAGACAUCAACCAGUGCCUGUUCAGUCAUUGGCCAUCCGGUACAAACGCUGUCCUUAAGAGCACAGUCUUCUGCGAAGACGCGCCGUUGUGUUAUUCGGUCAGCGGGUCUGAUCCUGCUUUGUUUGCCGUGUGUUAUAACACAUCGACUCGGAUACCUGAGUUCGCAGCUAACGUUGUGAAAGCUAAUAUUGCGAGUGGAGGAGGAAGGUCUAAUAAUUGGCAUAAUGAAAAUGGUCCUAAUGCCCCAGCUAGACAAUCGACAGUCAAGGACUACCUCUGCACAUCACAAAGCGGCCUAUAUCCAAACUUCGACCCUCAAAGAGAGCAAUUCUGUUCGCGAGGCCAUCUUGUUGCAAAUGCCGACUUCUCUGCCGCUGACGAGAAAGAACUCACCUUUAUAAACACGAACAUAGCCCCUCAAUGGCAGCUUUUCAAUAGUGGAAAUUGGGMAGCUGUUGAAGAUGCAGUCAGACGUUAUGCUAAUAGUGUGAGCAGAGAGGUGUACGUCUUCACUGGARCAGGUGGUCAGGGUACGAGAAGUGACAACAAUCAAGACAUCAAACUUUCAGGGUCAAUCGUCGCUCCCAAGUACUACUGGAAAGCCGUCUGUGAUCCGUCUGUCGCCAAAGCCUCCGUGGUGUUUGUUGGUAAGAACAGCUUUGGUGAAAUUAGCGAAGAUAAGGUUCAAGGUUGUUCUGGCAAAAUGCAAAAGAAGAAGAGGGGAAUWGUGUAUUGUUAUAGCUUACAGGGAGCUGAAUCUACUUACACCGCUGAAGGUUUCAAACUCCCUCCAUUUGGAGACAACUGCAGCCCUUUAACCAAAGGAACCUUUCUAGAUGACUUUCUUAAUGGUUUGAUGUAAACGUUUAUUGAGAAAAAUAAUAAUAAAUAAAUUAUUUUCCCUAUC